AUGGUGAGGCUGGCUACUCCGCCCUGGCGUCGGGGUGCCGCUCGAGCAGCAUGGCGACGCCUUGGCCGCCGGCCGCGCACGCCGAUAUCAGGCCCAGCUGCCCGUCCUCGCGCACCAGCCGGUGCGCCGUGUGCAUGGCCAGCCGCACCUGAAGCGAUCACGAUCCACUAUCAACUAUUAAACACAAUGAAGGCGCCAGAUCGCGCUACUUGA